AGACGGAAUGUGACAUACCAGAAAUGUAUCCCCUGCUGGAGCACAAGGCCGUAGGAGGGAGGGACGAUGGGGCAGGGGCAGAGGGGCUGAAUGGGGCGUGGAGGGGGCAGGCCCUCGGCCUCUUUGCACCCGGCAGAGUGACGAGCUUCGCCGGUGUCUUCAUUGAAGUCCUGUUGGUCCCUACUGGCACAUCACAUACUCCUGGAAGCAUGAUCUUCACUCCCUUCCUUCCACCUGCUGACCUGAAUGUGAAAGGGCUGCAAAAAGACCCUGAGGAAUGGGUGGCUGUGUCUGACACCACGAAAGAACCAUCCGGUGGCACAGGCUUGCCCAGGGAACCUGCUCUUCUGCGAGGGUCUUGGAGGAGCCGGUUCCAGAGAGCCCUGGCAUGUUUCACCAAGUGUUUCAGGGGAGGACACCGGGCACUCGGAAUCUGAGACCACCGGAGCCACAGACACCGAGCCAUGAGCCAUGAACGGUGACCAAGCCCCUUCUGCUGCUCCAUGCCCUUGCUCGCCACAGUGUCCCAGUCACCAGGCCUGAAAUAAAUGCUGGCACGCUUGACUGUU